AUGCACGAUCCACCCAGCGGCGCGGUGUACGCAAUCUACUACCCCGUGCUGGCAUCGCUCGGGGUCCCAGUUAACAUUGUCGCCAUGGUGAUCCUGUCGCGGGGGAGGUGCGGUCUAUCCAGGUGUGUGACUGUCUACCUGGUUGCCAUGGCGGCGGCGGAUCUGAUGGUUCUCAUCACCGCCGUCAUUCUCCACCGCAUCGUCGGCAUUUACUUCCCCGGGAGUUACCUGUCGCUCACCUGGAUCUGCCGCAUCAAGAACCCCGUCGCUUUUGCAUCCAGAGACUCCUCCGUCUGGCUCACCGUGGCAUUCACCUUCGAUCGCUUCGUGGCCAUUUGCUGUCAGAAUUUUAAACGCAGGUACUGCACCAGAAAAACGGCGGCGACCGUCGUCGGCGCGAUUGUGGCUUUGUUCUGUUGCAAAGAUGUCCCCUGGUAUUUCAUUUACCAACCGCUCUACAUCGCGGACAAUCUUCCUUGGUAUUGCCGGAUAAUUCCAAGCUUUUAUACCUCGCCGUGGUGGUACGCUUUCUCAUAUUUGGACCGCAUCUCCACGCCCCUGCUGCCAGUCGCGAUUGUAUUGUUACUGAAUAUCCUGACCGUAAAACGCAUCGUCACCGCCAGCAGAGUCCGGAAGUCAUUGCGUGAUGACGCUCUCCCCGGGAAAGGUCCUGACCCCGAGAUGGAGAGCCGCAGGAAGUCGAUCAUUUUACUAUUCAGCAUUUCCGGCAACUUCAUCUUACUGUGGAUGACGUACAUUGUGCAUUAUUUGUAUGUUCGGAUCACGAGAACUCAUACUUACUCUGGAUACAACGACCCGGUGUUUAUUCUCGAGGAAGCGGGGAAUAUGCUUCUGCUGCUCCGUUGCUGCAGCGAUACAUUUCUUUAUACAGUAACCCAGAGGAAAUUCAGAGAUGAGCUGAAGACAAUGAUAACUUACCCUUACCGUCAGGUUGCGAUGUGUGUUUAG